CAAAUCCUCAAGUUAUUUGUCAGUCGUAUUUGAACUUUCUCUCCAGAACCACAUGUCUCAAAGGGAAUGUUUUUUAAAGCUUUGACCACAUGACAUACGUGCAACAAUUGUUGGACUGAUGCAGAUUGCAGCAGCUGCCGGGAUGAACCGCUGGAGCUGGGGAAGCGCUGGGAAUGGCAGUAAAUCGGAGAGAAGUGGGCCGUACAGAGGCAGGCUGAUGAUGCUGCUAUGGAUUAUCCUUUCCAGCUCGCUGUGCCUGAUGGUCGACGGCCAGAUGAAGCUCUCACCAGAAACGGUGCAAAACUGGGCUGUAUCCUUUAGCAAAGAGAUAGCUGCCCUGUCCUCCAGAUACUCUGGAGCUCAACUGCUACAGAAGAAAUACAAGGAUGUGGAGGCGAUGGUGAAGAUAGAGGAGGUGGACGGAGAGGAGCUUGUAAAAAAGUUUGCUGAGGAGAUGGAGGAGAUGCUUGGAAGGAAGAUGAAGUCUGUGAAGAGGUUAGCAGAAGCAGCAGAGGAUGCUGACCUUUACCACGAGUACAAUGAAACGCUCAAGUUUGAAUACUUUAACUCCAUGCUGAUCAACAUGGUGGAUGAGGAUGGGAAUCCACUGUCGCUGGGAGGAGACUUCGCUCUGGAGAAAAAUGAACACUUCAAUAAACUGCCAGUCAACACCCAAUUGAGUAACAUUCAAGUCCCUACUAAUGUUUACAACAGAGAUACAGAUAUUGUGAACGGAGCCUAUAUGUCAGAGGCUCUGAAUGACGUGUUCAUUGAUAACUUCCAAAAAGAUCCAACUCUCACCUGGCAGUACUUUGGCAGCGCUACAGGCUUCUUCAGGCUGUACCCAGGGAUCCAGUGGAUUCCAGAUGAAAAUGGUGUUGUCACUUUUGAUUGCAGAAACAGAAACUGGUAUAUCCAGGCAGCCACUUCCCCUAAAGAUGUGGUAAUCGUGGUGGAUGUCAGUGGCAGUAUGAAGGGACUCAGAUUGACCAUAGCCAAACACACCAUCAAUACUAUACUGGACACACUGGGAGAAAAUGACUUUGUUAACAUCAUUGCUGUAAUGACUUAUGUUCGCUACGUGGAGCCCUGCUUCAAGGGCACGCUGGUACAAGCUGAUCUGGAUAACAGAGAGCAUUUCAAGCUAUUGAUUGACGGGCUUCAUGUCAAAGGCGAGGGCAAAGUGAAAAUUGCAAUGAAGGAGUCUUUCAAGAUCCUCAACGAGGUUUCAGCGCUGGGCCAGGGCAGCCUGUGUAACCAGGCCAUCAUGCUGAUAACAGACGGAGCCAUGGAGGACUUCCAGGAUGUUUUUAAAGAGUUCAACUGGCCAGAACGACGGGUUCGAGUGUUCACCUACCUGAUUGGACGAGAGAUGACAUUUGCUGAAAAUGUUAAAUGGAUUGCCUGCAACAACAAGGGUUACUACACACACGUCUCCACACUGGCUGAUGUCCAGGAAAACGUUAUGGAGUACCUCCAUGUUCUGAGCCGGCCAAUGGUCAUCAACCACGAUCACGACAUCAUCUGGACUGAGGCCUAUAUGGACAUUGUGCUGUUCAACACUCAGGCCCAAAGCCUUCUGCUGAUGACCUCAGUAGCCAUGCCUGUGUUCAGCAAGAAGAAAGAGACUUUGUCUCAUGGGAUUCUGCUGGGAGUGGUAGGAACUGAUGUGGCCUUGAGAGAAUUGAUGAGAUUAGCUCCAAGAUACAAGCUGGGUGUCCAUGGUUACGCCUACCUCAUCACCAACAACGGCUACAUCCUGUCUCACCCUGACCUACGACCUCUGUAUAAAGAGGGGAAGACGCUAAAGCCAAAACCCAACUAUAACAGUGUUGAUCUGGCAGAGGUGGAAUGGGAAGACACCGAGGAGAAACUGAGGACAGCCAUGGUUAAAGGAGAAACUGGAACGUUGUCUUUAGACGUCAGAACUUCAGUGGACAAAGGAAGGAGGGUGAUGUUCCUGAAGAAUGAUUACUUCUACACCAUCAUCAAUGAGACACCAUUCAGUCUUGGUAUAGUGCUGACGAGAGGAUAUGGAGAGUAUAUCUUCAUCGGAAACGUCUCUGUUGAGGAGGGUCUCCACGACUUAAUGGCUCCAGACCUGACCAUAGCCAGUGAAUGGACCUACUGUGAGACAGACAUUGACCCGUCCCAUCGUAAGCUGAGCCAGCUGCAGGCUGUGGUGCGAUACCUCACUGGCAAAGAACCAGAUCUGGAGUGUGACGUACAGUUGUUGCAGCAAACUCUAUUUGAUGCUGUGGUCACGGCUCCUAUGGAAGCCUACUGGACCGCUCUCAUGCUCAACACAUCUGGUAUGGAAGACGGUGUAGAAACGGCAUUCUUGGGAACCCGUUCAGGCCUGAUGAGAUUCCAGAGAUACGCUGGUGUUGAGAAAAGAAUUGGCAAGUCUUUCCUGACCUCCACAGACAAGGAGAAUAUGUUCACGUUGGAUCAUUUCCCAGUGUGGUACCGCAGAGCAUCCGAGUACCCAGCUGGACAGUUUCUAUACUACAUGCCCAGACAGGAGACUAGAGCAGGGAGGAUAGUGAUCGCUACCACUGCUGUCACUGUUACGGUGGGCAAGAAAACUGCCAUCGCUGGAGCCAUCGGUGUCCAGAUGACUCUGGCUGUGUUUGAGUCCAAAUUCUGGGCCAUUGCAGCACAGCCAAAUGACACAGAUUGCUCGAACACGGAUGGAAUUUGUCCUCUUCGGUGCGACAGCUUUGAUAUUGCAUGCUACGCGAUUGACAAUAAUGGCUUUGUCCUAAUUUCCAAACAGCCCAAUGAUGCGGGAAGAUUUUUUGGCGAGGUCGACGGCUCAGUGAUGACGACACUAAUCCGAAUGGGCAUGUUCAAAAGGGUGUCCUUGUUCGACUACCAGGCCAUGUGUAAGAUGAACUUGCACUCUGUCAGCAGCGCUCGUCCACUUCUCAGUCCGUUCUAUGGUUUGGCUUCAGCCCUCAAGUGGUUCCUCUCCAACUUCCUACUGUUUCUCCUGGAGUUUAAUAUCUGUGGCUUCUGGCACACGGAGCAUUUUGCUGACGCCAAGGCAUCUGUCAGCACGUCCUCAGCUCAUAAGAAAAGAGGGGAAAUUCUGCAGCCGUGUGACACCGAGUACCCCAGCUUUGUCUACGAGCCGUCAGUCAAAGAGACCAACAGCAUUAUUAAGUGUGGACGCUGCCAGAAGAUGUUUGUGGUGCAACAGAUACCAGAGAGCAACCUGUUGCUGUUGGUGGUGCAAGCAGACUGUGACUGCUCCAGACAGUACCCACCUCUCACCUUGGAGCCCAAGGAAGUGAAAUAUAAUGCCUCAGUAAAGUGUGACAGGAUGAGGUCCCAGAAGAUUCGCCGACGCCCCGAGUCCUGCCACGCCUACCACUCCCAGGAGAACGCCAAUGACUGUGGAGGAGCUUCGUUUAUAUAUCUCUCUGCCUCUCUCUUCCUCGUCUGCCUCUCCUUCUCGGCACUUGUCUCCUGAUGAUGGACAACUUUGCCGUUUCUCGUGUAAAGGAGGAGAUUGGAACGAAUCAAGAGAUGUGUUUGGACACUGGACACCUCAAGUGGAUUUUUUUUAAACUCUAGUGACGGACCUUUGAUGUGUUUUUUAAACAUGUGUUGGUUAACUCGUGGAUAUUACACAUCUGAACUAAAAACUACAACAAAUAAAAAGACAUGUUAAUGGGCCGUUAUUGCCAUGGAUACUUUUCCAUUAGUUGCUUUCUCAUACACCACUUUGCAUCUGGAAAUGAAAAGAGGCUAAAGAGAUGCAGGUGGUAUCUCUGACCUGCGCUGAUAAAGGGGAUUAUGAGUCCCAUGAUCUAACAUAAGAAAGUCGAGGGGGGAAGUAUGUGAAUCAUUUUCCAUAUCUAACUGAACUGAAUAUUGCAGACGCACAUGCAUAUUAUAUAUGCCGCUGCAAGCAUGUACACCUAGAAUACUUUAUCACCCUGAAUGCUUCAUCUACUGACGAUUAUACAUGCUUUUUUUAAACGUUGAAUGAGAGAAGGGAUCCAGCCAUAUAUGGUAAACAUUGUUGUGUAAUAUUAGUGUUGCUGCUGAAAGUCAUGUUUGCAAUAUUACUUUCUCUGAAUCUUCUGCAAAUCUCAAAGAGUAAAUGGCUCAGAGCCAAGAAAGACCUCGCAGGAGAGUUCAUAAAAAUGUAAUUAAGAUAAUCAAAAAAUCAGAAUGGGACUUUUCGGAUAACAUCCCACAAAUAUUUGUUUCUGUGACAUAUCUUUUGAAAAAAAUGUAUUUGCCUUUCUGUUUUUAUCAGCUGUGUCUUUCUGUGUGUUUGUACAUACGGUCUGUAAUUAUGUUUGGCGGGACAUCACCGUGGAAUCUGGAACUCUCGCAGGAUGAAGAUCUGCAAUCAAAAUGGAGAAAACAAUGAUGGGUGAUUCAAACUGUUUGAAAUGUUUUUUUUAUCUAUAAAACAAAAAUGCAAAUACAUUGUUUAAAAGCAAAUCUAGAGGAAGAGAGCGACGGGUCCGAGCAGAAAUGUUUCUGGAAUUCAUUUGCUACGGCGGUGACUGCAUUUGCUGGACUGUGGUUUUUGGAUGUUUUACUUGCGCCCCAAGGUCAUGUAACUGAUACUUAUUACUUGGCAUAAACAGCAACAUUAUUUUAGAAACUCAUGAAGCUCUCAGUCUGGUAAACAAGAUUGUCAUAUGGAGAAAAAAAACAGUUUGAAAAUGUCAUGUAUGUGAUUGCAAUGUACAUGAACAUUGUAAAUCUAAUUGCAUACGGUAUUUUUGUAUUUGCUUGUGUUUUAUAUUUCAGCAUUUCAUUGUAUUUUGGACUGUGAGUGUCCCUUUAGCUUUUUCUAUGGUAUUUCUGAGUCAUCUUACAAAGCAUGUCUUUACGUUGAGCUUACUCUGAUGACAACAUUGCCUGAGAAUUUGCCUGUUUGUGUAAUAGCUUCAGAUACAUAUUGUGUGUGAGUGUCUUGCUGAGAUUAUAUGAGUAAUUGUAUUCAUGUGUCUCACUUUUGUUUGUAAUUUCACUAUACAAUAUUCUGUAUAUUGUUUACUUGACAUGUGUCCAAGUUGUAUGUUGAGUGACUGAAGUAAUGAUUUGAACCAAGUAAAUUAAAUUAUCCAUUUGGUUUUU